AACCCGCGGUCCGCCCUCCUCCAGCGCCGCCGCUUCGACUCCGCGCUCCGCCCGUCCCCCACCUUCCGCGGCUUCUCCCCGGCCUCCAUCGCCUCCUCGCUCGCCGCCAUCCCGCGCCUCAUCCUCCCGCGCUCCGCGGGCCGCCUCUGCCCACAGCGGCCCUUCCCCUCCCCGUCCUUCUCCUACCACCGUCGAGUCGCCGCCGCGCUCACCCUCGCCUUCCUCAACUGGUCCCACUCCGACGCCAGCCCGCGCACAGUCCCGCUCACAGAGGCCCCGCUCCGCGUCGCCGCGCUCUCCCUCGCCCGCGCCCGCGCGCUCCCCGCGCUCUUCAGCCUCCUCCGCGAGCACGCCCCGCUCGUCUCCACCGCCGCGCUCACCGACGUCAUCCGCCCGCUCGGCGAGGAGGGCCUCCCGCGCCAGGCCCUCGCCGCCUUCCACCGCGCGCGCCAGCUCCGGUGCUCCCCAGACGCGCAGUGCUACAACACGUUGCUCGCCGUGCUGUGCCGGAACGGCCGGUUCAAGGAUGCCAGGUUCCUGCUCGACCAGAUGGAGCGCCCCGGCGCGCGCUGCAAGCCUGACUCCUACACCUACACAGUGCUCAUUUCCUGGUACUGCCGGAUCGGGGCGGGGACCGGGUGCCGGAAGGCCGCCAGGAGAAGGAUCUACGAGGCCGGCAGGCUGUUCCGGAGGAUGGGGGAGAAGGGGCUGGAGCCUGACGUUGUGACCUACAACUGCUAUAUCAAUGGUCUGUGCAAGACGUACCACGUGGAGCGUGCGCACGAGGUGUUUGACGAAAUGGUGAAGAAGGGGUGCAUGCCAAACAGGGUGACAUACAACUCGAUUGUGAGGUAUUAUAGUGCGGUGAAUAAGGUUGACAAGGCUAUUGGGUGGAUGAGGGACAUGGUGGUGAGUGGGCAUGGGGUGGCGACAUCAAGCACAUACACCAAAUCUUCAUACGUUUAUAGAACUUCAGUUAUUAUCUCAUGCUAUCCAUCCUUGAAUUAUUUAACCUACAUCCAAACAUCAAUUUGA